GUCUCUCUUCUGUUCAGUAUUCACGCAUCGCUUCAAGUUGCUCUUAACGACUUCUGUCCAGGAGACUAAUAGUUUGCUUUUGUACCAAACCACGGCGUUUCUUUGCCGCUUUGUAUUAUGCAGUGGCUGCAGUGGCGUUGCAUGGCAGGUCAAAGAAGUCAACAAAGGCCAAAGCAUCAAUUUAACGAUCUUUGACCCGUUUUUGGUUUAUAUAGACUUGGUCUCUUCACCUUUGUACUAAACAUUCCUCCAACGCGUCCUUUCAUGCCAUGUCCGUUGUUCAGCUAGGAACCUACAUUUCCAGGCUCAUUCAUCGCCGGACAACAGCCCCGCUUCCUGCACCUGCUUCUAGGAAGCUAACUCGCCAUGAAAGCUGGGUCGCCUCUCCAACGCCUCUACAAGUGAGACGUGCCAACAUCUAUGAUCUUCCCUAUGAGCUUCUCUACAUAAUCCGCGACUUCAUACCUGACUCUCAUGUGUUUACUCAUCUGGCUCUCUCCCUGACAUGCCGUGGUCUCUCGGAUCUCUACGAUGAGACAACCUGGCAAAACAUCUGUCGCGCGUACGGUUUAGGUACCUGUAAUCAUGAUUCGGGAUGCCCAAUGUCGUUUGUGACAACUUGGAAGGAACUGGCGUACACGCAGGCCCAACACGCAAACAUAUGUUCGAAUGAACACGGUUGCAUUCAUUUCCUUGCAUACAACUCUGCCCCUCGGGAGCUUCUUGAUAUGCAUUUCCCAUUCAACGGCCAGUUCACCGCGGAACUCUCGUUCCGCAACGAACGCACAUGGAGAGAUAAUCUACCGCUGACCGCAGAAGAAGUCAAGCAUAGAAAUCUCAUUGGCAAGGGUUUCCGCACGGCAAUGACCUUCGACCUUGAAGGAGAUAUCAACAGUCCGAAGCUUCGGUUUUAUAGAUUGAAUCAGAAUGACAUGGACUCGGGUAAACUCGAGUCGGACUGGUCCGAACACAUUCCGGUUGCAUGUACGUUUGCGACUGACCCUCCUCUGAAGGAAAUUGAACUCGUUCUUUUCCACACGGUGACCAUUACAAUCCAAAAUGACUCUGGUGUCACCGUGUGGGAUGUUAUAUGCAAUAUACAAGAUCGGAUCCGGCGUCCCACUAAUCUUGCCGAAUUUCAUGACCUUUACUUAGGCUAUGGUUCACUGUUUCCCGAUUUCCACAAGUUCUCAGAUCUGUGGAAGACCACACUCGCAGACCUGAAGGCAUGGUUAACCACGGAGACGAUUCGCAUCCCAGCUGCGGAACCGAGCAGAGGAUUGGCUUUACAACAGGUGUUAGAUGUUAUGGAGUUUGUCGUAUGGAUUGAGACCAUGAUGGGUCCGGGCGCUUUGGAGGAUAUCUGCGUUUGGAACGGAUUACUUUUGAUGAAUGCGCAUAACUUCAAUACUACGCCCUUCGAGUUGAUCUUACUCUCUGAGCUGUGGUCGGAAGUGAGGUACUUUAUUCCACAGUAUCUAGGCUUCGGGCAUCCAGAUGUAUUUUUGUUGCAUGACACUCUCGCUUCUUUCCUCAACAUAACGUUUUUCUGUGGACUCCAACAAAGGGAAACAGGAUCGAACGUCUUCGAUACAAUUUGGAAUGCGCCAGGUGAUUUCGGCGUAAAUGAUCUUUUGGAACGUCUGCAACGGGUCGACUCUUGAGAAAAUCAUAGAUGUAACCAGGGUCAAAGAGACCCGCUACAGUCUCUCCCUGUGUAUAGUCCGCCAUGUUAUAAUAUUUAUGACAGCCUUUACAAUCUCCUAAUCAAUGAUCAAUGCACACU